AUGAACGCCUUGGAGUCCACGCUCAUCGCUUCUACCAGACGUCCAGCGAUCGCGCGCUACGUCGUCUACUGCAUCCUCCACCCGGUCAAGAACUUUCUGUACAGCAUCGGUGAAUCUAUCCUUCGCUUCGUCGCCAUCCUGAUCCUCGAGCUCGCGCACGAUCUGGCCAUGUCGAUCGGCAACAUUUUCAUCGACGUCACUGAGUCGGCCAUCCGGCUGAUGAAUGGCAUCUCGUAUAUUCUUUUGGCCGUGCUCGAGGACGAUUUGCAGAACUACCGGGAGUUUAUCCGCGAUGAGCAGGCAGAAACCGACGAAGAUGAGCCGCUAGGAGAUGGUGACAUCAACUACUCCACGCUCAGCUAUACAAGAUGUGAAGGCGAAGAAUGCGAUUGGCCGUGGCAUUAUAUCACGGAAACCGGCGGGCUGACCGAGUGCUACGGGCAAAAUGUCGACGACAUAUUUUACUACCAAUCGAUCUGGAGCGUGCCGGGGGGACUCCCGGCUGCAAGUAUUGGUACAACGGGCAGUGCGAUGAAUGUGCCCCCGGGGACGGUAUUUAAUAACAGUGAUGAUUCAAUGUGCACGCGCCUGACUCUGGAAGGUCCCGAGAUUGAGUCGUUUAUGAUCCAUGGUCAAACCGGAGCGGCGAUCGCCAUCGCUUACCUCGGUGUCGAGUGCCCCAAGGCUCGCGACAAAAAUCUUUACGUGCCGGGAAUCUGCAACCAGCGCUGCCCACAGAAUUGCAGGCUCUGCCACACCAGCAAGGUUCGCUCGAGUCUCGCUACUACA